UCGCCCAGUUUCACAGAAGCAACGGUCUGUAUUGACACUGGUUCCUUACAACAAAGCUAUUUAAAAGAUAAUCGACUGAGGACCCUGAGCCACUUACAAUGAAGAAAUCAGCCUUGCUUUGUGCUUUCUUAGUGCUUGGUGUGAUUCUCCCAAGCCUUGGAGACCUGCCUAUAUAUGAAUUAGACUUACUCCUGUCCAGAGACAUCUCUCUUCAGAACCUCUGUGAGUUUGCCGCUAAGGGUGUCCACAGUAAUCUGCAGAUAUACAACCAUAAUGUGACUAACACGAGGCAAGCUGGAAAUGGGAUUACUGAAGCCCUACUACGCAGGGAAAGAGUCCAAACUUUUAGAAGAACUAUUCGGAGGCGCUUGAUGCACCAUUUGUCCAAUGAACACACACGGAACAGUGUAUGGAACUUGCUCUCUAACCGUCGCUCUGUUGAGAACAUCUACGAGUUGGUUCAUACAGGAACAUUCAAUCACCAAGGGAGUGACAAUGCUGAGAACCAGACUAAUGUUUCUACUCAAGAUCAUGUGAGGAGGAGAAACCGCAUAGUCCUAAAUGGAACGCAACUGCAGUCAGAGCAUCUCUCUGAGAACAGACUCCAUAGGAUACAAGAACGGUUAAACAGACAGCUGAUGCUCACAGGACGGAGACCCUGGGGAUAUGACCCUCAAUUUAGAUUCCUACGAGACAUUGGACGUUUUGGUUCUCGGAGCAGGUCCCUCCCAAACAUCGGUAAAGAUGAUGAUGAUGAUGAUGAUGAUAAAUAUCAGGGUUUCACUAAGGGCAGAUAUGGUCGGCAGCUGAGAGAACUGAGAGCAGCUAUAGAUCGUUUUGGUUCCAAGAUCAUUUCUCUGAUAGACUUUGGUGAUCUUGAUGAUGAUGAUGAUGAUGAUUUCCUGGACUUCAUUAAGUACUCUCAGUUACGUGAACUGAGUCUAUUUCAAGAACGUUUUGGUUCUAAGACCCUUUCCCUCCCAGACUUUAGAGGUGGUGAUUAUCUGGACCCAACUAAGGUUAUUUGUGAUGACCUUCCAGAACAGAGAGCAGGUCUAGGUGAUCUUGAUGAUGAUGAUGAUUUCCUGGACUUCAAGUACUCUCAGUUGCGUGAACUGAGUCUAAUUCAAGAACGUUUUGGUUCUAAGACCCUUUCCCUCCCAGACUUUAGAGGUGGUGAUUAUCUGGACCCAACUAAGGUUAUUUGUGAUGACCUUCCAGAACAGAGAGCAGGUCUAGAAGAAAAUCAGAACUUCACUCAUAGUGAUCAACUGACUCAAAACUUUACUGGGAAUGCAAGCAUUGAGACUGCUGAGCUGAGUCAGAACUUAACUGGGAAUGGAAGGAUUCAGACUGCUGAGCUGAGUCAGACCUUCACUGAGAAUGGACGCACUCGGAUGGUCCAGCAGGGUCAGAGCUUCACUGAGAAUGGACGCACUCGGAUGGUCCAGCAGGGUCAGAGCUUCACUGAGAAUGGACACACUCGACCUGCUAUUCUGAGUCAGAGUGUCACUGAGAAUGGAUGUACUCAAACUGCUGAUGGGCGUCAGAACUUCACUGAGAAUGGAAACACUCAGAUGGUCCGGCAAAGUCAGAACAUCACUGAGAAUAGACGCACUCAACCUGCUUUACUGAGUGAUAACUUCACUGACAAUGCACACACUCAGAUGGUCCGGCAAAGUCAGAACAUCACUGAGAAUGGACGCACUUGCAUGGUCCAGCGGAGACAGAAUGUCACAGAGAAUGGAUGUACUCAGACCGCUGAGCUGAGUAAGAGCAUCACUGAGCUGAGUCAGAGCUUUAUUGACAAUGGACAUGCUCAAAUGGCCCGGCGGAGUCAGAGCUUCACUGAGUAUGGACACCCCCAGACUACUAAACUGAGUCAGAACUUCACUGAGUACAGUGAGACUGAGAAUGGACACACUCGGAGGGUGCAGCGGAGUCAGAACUUAACUGAGAAUGGACACACUCGGAGGGUGCAGCGGAGUCAGAACUUAACUGAGAAUGGACAAACUCGGAGGGUGCAGCGGAGUCAGAACUUAACCGAGAAUGGACACACCCGGAGGGUGCAGCGGAGUCAGAACUUAACCGAGAAUGGACACACCCGGAGGGUGCAGCGGAGUCAGAACUUCACUGAGAAUGGACAAACUCAGAGGGUGCAGCGGAGUCAGAACUUCACUGAGAAUGGACACACUCGGAGGGUGCAGCGGAGUCAGAACUUAACUGAGAAUGGACACACUCGGAGGGUGCAGCGGAGUCAGAACUUCACUGAGAAUGGACACACUCGGAGGGUGCAGCGGAGUCAGAACUUAACCGAGAAUGGACACACUCGGAGGGUGCAGCGGAGUCAGAACUUAACCGAGAAUGGACACACCCGGAGGGUGCAGCGGAGUCAGAACUUAACUGAGAAUGGACACACUCGGAGGGUGCAGCGGAGUCAGAACUUAACUGAGAAUGGACACACUCGGAGGGUGCAGCGGAGUCAGAACUUAACCGAGAAUGGACACACCCGGAGGGUGCAGCGGAGUCAGAACUUAACCGAGAAUGGACACACUCGGAGGGUGCAGCGGAGUCAGAACUUAACUGAGAAUGGACACACUCGGAGGGUGCAGCGGAGUCAGAACUUAACCGAGAAUGGACACACCCGGAGGGUGCAGCGGAGUCAGAACUUCACUGAGAAUGGACACACUCGGAGGGUGCAGCGGAGUCAGAACUUCACUGAGAAUGGACACACUCGGAGGGUGCAGCGGAGUCAGAACUUCACUGAGAAUGGACACACUCGGACUGCUGAGUUGAGUCAGUGCUUCACUGAGGAUGAAAGCACUUCGAUGUUCCAGCGAAUUCAGAGCUUCACCGAGCAUGUACACAUGCAGAUGGUCCGGCAGAGUCAUAACUUGAGUAAGAAUAGACGCUCUCAACCUGCUACACUGAGUCAUAACUUGAGUAAGAAUAGACGCUCUCAACCUGCUACACUGAGUCAUAACUUCACUGAGAAUAGACGCUCUCAACCUGCUACACUGAGUCAUAACUUCACUGAGAAUAGACGCUCUCAACCUGCUACACUGAGUUAUAACUUCACUGAGAAUAGACGCUCUCAACCUGCUACACUGAGUCAUAACUUCACUGAGAAUAGACGCUCUCAACCUGCUACACUGAGUCAUAACUUCACUGAGAACGGACGCUCUCAACCUGCUACACUGAGUUAUAACUUCACUGAGAAUAGACGCUCUCAACCUGCUACACUGAGUCAUAACUUCACUGAGAAUAGACGCUCUCAACCUGCUACACUGAGUCAUAACUUCACUGAGAACGGACGCUCUCAACCUGCUACACUGAGUCAUAACUUCACUGAGAAUAGACGCUCUCAACCUGCUACACUGAGUUAUAACUUCACUGAGAAUAGACGCUCUCAACCUGCUACACUGAGUCAUAACUUCACUGAGAAUAGACGCUCUCAACCUGCUACACUGAGUCAUAACUUCACUGAGAAUGGACGCUCUCAACCUGCUACACUGAGUCAUAACUUCAGUGAGAAUGGACGCUCUCAACCUGCUACACUGAGUCAUAACUUCAGUGAGAAUGGACACCCCCAGACUACUAAACUGAGUCAGAACUUCACUGAGUACAGUGAGACUGAGAAUGGACACACUCGGACUGCUGAGUUGAGUCAGUGCUUCACUGAGGAUGAAAGCACUUCGAUGUUCAAGCGAAUUCAGAGCUUCACCGAGCAUGUACACAUGCAGAUGGUCCGGCAGAGUCAUAACUUGAGUAAGAAUAGACGCUCUCAACCUGCUACACUGAGUCAUAACUUCACUGAGAAUAGACGCUCUCAACCUGCUACACUGAGUCAUAACUUCACUGAGAAUAGACGCUCUCAACCUGCUACACUGAGUCAUAACUUCACUGAGAAUAGACGCUCUCAACCUGCUACACUGAGUCAUAACUUCACUGAGAAUAGACGCUCUCAACCUGCUACACUGAGUCAUAACUUCACUGAGAAUAGACGCUCUCAACCUGCUACACUGAGUCAUAACUUCACUGAGAAUAGACGCUCUCAACGUGCUACACUGAGUUAUAACUUCACUGAGAAUAGACGCUCUCAACCUGCUACACUGAGUUAUAACUUCACUGAGAAUAGACGCUCUCAACCUGCUACACUGAGUCAUAACUUCACUGAGAAUAGACGCUCUCAACCUGCUACACUGAGUCAUAACUUCACUGAGAAUAGACGCUCUCAACCUGCUACACUGAGUCAUAACUUCACUGAGAAUAGACGCUCUCAACCUGCUACACUGAGUUAUAACUUCAGUGAGAAUAGACGCUCUCAACCUGCUACACUGAGUCAUAACUUCACUGAGAAUAGAUGCUCUCAACCUGCUACACUGAGUCAUAACUUCACUGAGAAUAGACGCUCUCAACCUGCUACACUGAGUCAUAACUUCACUGAGAAUAGACGCUCUCAACCUGCUACACUGAGUCAUAACUUCACUGAGAAUAGACGCUCUCAACCUGCUACACUGAGUCAUAACUUCACUGAGAAUAGACGCUCUCAACCUGCUACACUGAGUUAUAACUUCAGUGAGAAUAGAUGCUCUCAACCUGCUACACUGAGUCAUAACUUCACUGAGAAUAGACGCUCUCAACCUGCUACACUGAGUUAUAACUUCACUGAGAAUAGACGCUCUCAACCUGCUACACUGAGUCAUAACUUCACUGAGAAUAGACGCUCUCAACCUGCUACAUUGAGUCAUAACUUCAGUGAGAACAGAUGCACUCGGAGGGUGCAGCGGAGUCAGAACUUCACUGAGAAUGGACACACUCGGACUGCUGAGUUGACAGCAGCUCAAGGUGGAGUGCUUCCCACAGAAUCAGUGCAGCAUGUCAGAACAGAGGCUCAUCAGAGGACUACACGGCAGCGGCCAGGUUUUGUCUGGCAACUAUUUCGCAGACGCAUGUUCAAAUAUCAGUGUGGUGCAGAUCAGCAAGGUAACCGAAACAAUGGAAACCCAAGCAACAGCAACGGUUGACGUUUUUUUUUUCCCUCUCCUCUUUCUGGAAUUACAUUGUAUACAACCCUGUAUCUUGACUUUGAUUUUUGCCUCGUCCAUGUAUUAUUAUUAUUUUUUUUAAUUCUUAUUGCAGUUUUGACCUGACCUUGAUUUUGAACUGUCCUUCCAACACUAAAAACAGGGACUGGGUGCCUAAGCACAUUGUUUAAAACCAUUUAAAUACUUUAACAGUUUGGUUUCAAAUUUAUCCUUGAUGAAAAAUUAACAUGCAUAGAAUCACUACUUUUUAUAUAAUCAAAUUUGUAUUUAUUACCAUGUCUAAUAUUAGUGCUACUACCCAGAUAAAUAGCUUUAUAAAUACCCUGUUCUCCAUGGGCUUUAAAUUUGCACAGUACUGUAGACAUAUAUACUGUAAUAUGUAGUGAUCUGUUUGACGAUUAAUCUGUUAAAGAUCGUUCAGUGGCAAAUCCAGUUAACAUGAUUUAUCACUUACUCCAUGUGCACAUGUUGAACACCUGUUUGUUAUCUGACAAUGGGAAAUUUUAGACUAAUGUUGCCAGCAAAUACGGUCACCUUUUUUUUGUGUAGCUACUCCCUGAAAACCUUUUAAUAAAAUGUUUAUGGUGACAACAAAA